AUGGUUAACGCUAUCUUAUCAAAGAAAAGAAAAUUAGUAGCUGACGGUGUCUUCUUCGCUGAAGUCAAUGAAUUCUUCUCAAGAGAAUUAGCUGAACAAGGUUACGCUGGUGUUGAAGUUAGAAAAACUCCAACCAAAUUAGAAAUCAUUGUUAAAGCUUCAAACACUCAAGGUGUUUUAGGUGAACAAGGUAGAAGAAUCCACGAAUUAACCGCUUUAAUCUGUAAAAGAUUCAAACUCGCCAAAGAAGGUGUUGUUAUCUACGCUGAAAGAGUUGAAGAAAGAGGUUUAUCAGCUGCUGUUCAAGCCGAAGCUUUAAAAGCCAAAUUAUUAAACGGUUUACCAUUAAGAAGAGCUGCUUACGGUGUCUUAAGAUUCGCUAUGGGUGCUGGUGCUAAAGGUGUUGAAGUUGUUGUCUCAGGUAAAUUAAGAGCUGCUAGAGCCAAAUCACAAAAAUAUGCUGAUGGUUUCAUGAUCCACUCUGGUCAACCAACCAAAGAUUUCAUUGAUAUUGCUAUCAGACACGUUUUAAUGAGACAAGGUGUUUUAGGUAUCAAAGUUAAAAUCAUGAAAGAUCCUGCCACCAACAAAUUCGGUCCAAAAGCCUUACCAGAUGCUGUUAAAGUUGCUGAAGCUAAAGAUGACGAAGAACCAGUUUCUGCUCCAACCGUCAAAUCAUACAAAGCUGCUUCAACUGAAGAACCAGUUGCUGUUUAA